AAAACAGAAUCUGGAAAAGCCUCCGGAUGAACAAUCAGAACCUACCUGUGUGUCCUAUAAAAGUGGCAGGUCAAGGACACCUCCUUAUAACUUUAGAUCUCCCAGCACUUCAUCCUCUGAGAGAGAAAACAAGAUCAAAUUGUUCCUGGUUCCUCCACAGUGUAGACCUUCAGAAUCCAGAGACUCCCAGGGUUUGCCCUGCCCCGCAACAUCAAACCCAGCUGGACUCCAUAUUUACGCUCCCGGAGGAAAAAAUGAUCACAUAUGUGAGGAAUGAGCAGAAGGAGAUCCAGAAGGUACUGUGUCCAGAUGACCCAGAAAGUCAAAGAGAUGAUACGGAGGUGUUAAAAGAUGAGGAUGAAGAUCAGAGGAUCAACAGCAGAGAAGCAUUGAUGAAAUUCAUUAUGAACUUUCUCAGGAAGAUGAAGCAAGAAGACCUGGCUGACAGUCUACAGAGCAAAAUCUACACAGGACUGUUUCAACAUAAGUUUAAAUCUAGUCUGAAAAAGAAAUACCAGUGUGUAGUUGAUGGCAUCACUCAAGCAGGAAGUCCAACCCUUCUGAACCAGAUCUACACAUUGCUCUACAUCACAGAGGGAGGAACUGGAGAGGUCAAUGAAGAACAUGAGGUCAGACAGAUUGAAGCAGCAUCCAGGAAACCAAACAGACCAGAAACAAUAAUCAGACCAGAAGACAUCUUUAAAGUACCACCUGGAAGAGAUCAACCAAUCAGAGCAGUGAUGACACAGGGAGUGGCUGGCAUUGGGAAAACAGUCUUAACCCAGAAGUUCACUCUGGACUGGGCUGAAGGCAAAGCCCACCAGAACAUCCAGUUCAUAUUUCCUUUCACCUUCAGAGAGCUGAAUGUGCUGAAAGAGAAAAAGUUCAGCUUGGUGGAACUUGUUCAUCACUUCUUCACUGAAACCAAAGGAAUCAGCAGCUUUGAAGACUUCCAGGUUCUGAUCAUCUUGGAUGGUCUGGAUGAGAGUCGACUUCCUCUGGACUUCACCAACAAGGAGAUCCUGACUGAUGUUACAGAGUCCACCUCAGUGGAUGUUCUGCUGAUAAACCUCAUCAGGGGGAAACUGCUUCCCUCUGCUCUCCUCUGGAUAACCACACGCCCUGCAGCAGCCAAUCAGAUCCCUGCUCAUUGUGUUGGCAUGGUGACAGAGGUCAGAGGGUUCAAUGACCCACAGAAGGAGGAGUACUUCAGGAAGAGAUUCACAGAUAGAGGGCAGGCUAACCAGAUCAUCACCCACAUUGAGACAUCUAAAAGUCUCUACAUCAUGUGUCACAUCCCAGUGUUCUGUUGGAUCACUGCUACGGUUCUGGAGGAUCGUUUGAAGACCAGAGAGGGAGGAGAGCUGCCCAGCACCCUGACUGAGAUGUCCAUCCACUUCCUGGUGGUUCAGACCAAAGUGAAGAAGGUCAAGUAUGAUGGAGGAGCUGAAACAGAUCAACACUGGAGUCCUGAGAGCAGGAAGAUGAUUGAGUCUCUGGGAAAACUGGCUUUUGAUCAGUUAAAGAAAGGAAAGCUGAUCUUCUAUGAAUCAGACCUGACAGAGUGUGGCAUCGAUAUCACAGCAGCCUCAGUUUACUCAGGAGUGUUCACACAGAUCUUUAGAGAGGAGAGAGGGCUGUACCAGGAGAAGGUGUUCUGCUUCGUCCAUCUGAGUGUUCAGGAGUUUCUGGCUGCUCUUCAUGUUCAUCUCACCUUCAUCAACUCUGGAAUCAACCUGAUGGGAAAAAUACAAAAGACCUUUAAGCACUCUUCACUCUUUCAGAAACCUAAACUAAACUCUCUUCACCAGACAGCUGUAGACCAGGCCUUACAGAGUCCAAAUGGACACCUGGACUUGUUCCUCCGCUUCCUUCUGGGACUUUCACUGCAGACCAAUCAGAGACUCCUUAAAGGUCUGGAGACUCAGACAGGAAGUAGCUCCCAGACCAAUCCGGAAACAGUUCAUUAUAUCAAGGAGAAAAUUGUUGAGAAUGUUUCUGCAGAGAAAAACAUUAAUCUUUUCCAUUGUCUUGCUGAAUUGGAUGGCCAUUCUAUGGUGAAGGAGAUCAAACUGUUCGUCAUUUCUAACAGUCUCACCCCUGAUAAAUUAUCUCCUGCUGAGUGGUCAGCUUUAGGUUUUAUCUUAGUGUCAUCAAGAAAAGCUGACAGAGUAUUUGACAUGAAGAAGUUCUCUGCUUCAGAGGAGGUUCUUCUGAGGCUGCUGCCAGUGGUUAAAGUCUCCAACAAAGCUCUACUGAGUGGUUGUAACCUCUCAAAGAGAAGCUGUGCAGCUCUGUCCUCAGUUCUCAGCUCCCAGUCCUCCAGUCUCAGAAGACUGGACCUGAGUAACAACAACCUGCAGGAUUCAGGAGUGAAGCGUCUAUCAGCUGGAUUGAAGAGUCCAAACUGCCAACUAGAAACACUUAAGUUGUCAGGCUGUCUGAUCUCAGAGGAAGGCUGUGCUUCUCUGGCUUCAGCUCUGAGCUUCAGCCCCUCCCAUCUGAAAGAGUUGGACCUGAGCUACAAUCAUCCAGGAGAGUCAGGAGUGAAGCUGCUGUCGACUGGACUGAAGGAUCCAGAAUGGAGACUGGAAGAUCUCAGGUAUGAAGGAACCUGCUGCACCGAAGGCCUAUCAGAAAAGGACGAGGUUGAACCUGCUGGAGUCCGAUGGAUGACACCAGGUCUAAGGAAGUAUUCCACUCGGCUUUCAAUCGACACAAACACAGUGAACAGAAACCUCAGAAUAUCUGAAGACAGAAGGAAGGUGGAACAUGUUGAAGAGGUUCAGUCCUAUCCUGAUCAUCCAGACAGAUUUGAUUACUGGCCUCAGCUGCUGUGUCAAAAUGCUCUGACUGGUCGCUGCUACUGGGAGCUGAAGUGGAGAGGAAGAGUUAACAUCUCACUAAGUUACAGAAGAAUCAACAAACAAGAAAACUGUUGGUUUGGAUGGAAUGAUCAGUCCUGGAGUCUGAGAUGUUCUAAUGACGGUUAUUAUGCUUGGCACGAUAACAGACCAACAUUUAUCCCCUCCUGUACUUCCUUCUCUCCUUUUUCCACCUCCUUUAACAGAGUAGCAGUGUAUGUGGACUGUGCUGCAGGGCUUCUGUCCUUCUACAGAGUCUCCUCUGACUCACUGAUCCACCUCCACACAUUCAGCACCACAUUCGCUGAACCGCUGCAUUUGGGACUGGGGCUCCUGUCUCCUGGUUCCUCAGUGUUUUUGUGUUGAGUCUACAGAGUCUAAAUGUACGGUAAAUAAAUUAAAAAUCCCUCUUGCAUUUGUCAGCCAAUGGUAGCAAAGGAGCGCUCUGAAAUUAACAGUAUUAGCCAAUCAGAAGAAGAAGGGGGUGGGUCUUGGGAAAGCGUUUGUUGCUCAAGUCGCCAGAUAGAUUGUGGUUCAGUGCUGAAGUUCUACACAGAAAGUCACCUUGCGCCGUUUACUGCUCCAUUCAACGGAGAGACGUAUUAAAAAUCAAAAAAUAAAUAAAUGAAACUUUGUGUUUGGAGAGAAGAAUGAUAGAGAGAAUUGCACGGAGGGCACAAUGCAGUUCAUGAACUCCAGGGAAGAUGUCAGGACCAUAGAUAAAGGUCUCAAAAAUAAAUGGCGCUGGGCAUGGCUGGAGGAGACAGG